GUUAACGGCCCGUGAAACAGCGCAAAGGGUCACAAGUUUGCGCGCAGUCUUGCUCCUCUCCCCGCCCAAUGGUUGCUCAGACGCGCUAUUUAAGAAGGAGGCGGUUGAAGGUGGCUCAGAUGACCGCGCUGCGCGCACCACGCCAGGACGCGCCGGAUUUUACGCCGCUGAGGAGCUGACAGGUCUCUGCAAAGACUCAUUCUUCAAAAGGAAAAGGCUUGGAAAGAAAUGAGCGCGUGGCAGCUUGGCUUCUUGUUCGCCGUGGUGUCAAACGCAGCUGUGCAGCAUGUGAUGUCCUUGGAAGGAGAGGCGCGCGCUGAUUCCGACUUUGGUAACUUUCUUGACCCUCUGAAAGACUUGUUUGAGCCUGACGAUGCCAGAAACUCAACAGUUGCCAGAUUCUCCCUCCGUAAACCCUCCCAUCCCGACGACGACCUCUGCUUCAUCAUUCCCGGCCAACUGGAGUCCCUGACGGCCUGCACCUUCAACAGAACCUCCAAGACCUUCCUCUUGAUCCACGGAUGGACACUGAGUGGGAUGUAUGGAAGCUGGAUGCCGAAGUUGGUAUCAGCGCUGUUUGAGAAAGAACAGACCGCCAACGUCAUCGUGGUGGACUGGCUCGGCUUGGCUCAGAACCACUACGCAGUGGCGGCACAGAACACCAAAGCAGUGGGACAGGAGAUCGCUCGGUUCAUCGACUGGAUCGAGGAAACCACCAACAUUCCUUUAGACAACAUCCACCUGAUCGGCUACAGCCUCGGCGCUCAUGUGGCCGGAUUUGCCGGCAGCCACGCUGCCAAUAAAGUUGGUAGAAUAACAGGUCUGGACCCGGCCGGACCCGACUUCGAGGGCGAACACGCCCACAGGCGGCUGUCUCCAGACGACGCUCACUUUGUGGACGUCCUCCACACUUUCACCCGAGGAUCUCUUGGCUUCAGCAUCGGCAUCCAGCAGCCUGUCGGCCAUGUGGACAUCUAUCCAAACGGAGGCCACUUCCAGCCGGGCUGCAACCUCAGAGGGGCUCUGGAGAAGAUCGCUAACUUUGGGAUUCUUGCCGUCACCGAUGCAGUGAAGUGUGAACACGAGCGCUCCAUCCAUCUGUUCAUCGACUCCCUCCUGAACGAGCAGGAGGCCGUCACGGCCUAUAGGUGCGGCAGCAGCGACGCCUUCGACCGCGGCAUGUGUCUUAGCUGCCGCAAGAACCGCUGCAACACGGUGGGCUACGGGGUCAGCAAAGUGCGCCGGGCGCGCAGCGUGCAGAUGUACACCAAGACACGGAGCGCCAUGCCCUUCAGAGUUUAUCACUACCAGCUGAAGAUCCACUUCUCCAGUAAGGUGAACACUUCAGACAUGCAGCCAUCUCUUUUUGUCUCGCUGUACGGAACCAAAGGAGAUGCUGAAGAUCUGGAGCUCCGGCUGGAGGAGAGACUCGUGACCAACAAGACUCACUCCUUUCUGCUGGUGACAGAAAAAGACAUCGGCGACCUGCUGAUGCUGAAGUUUAAGUGGGAGGAGCCAAGCACCUGGACGGCCUCCAGCCUGCUGAAGAUGGUUUCCUCCUGGUGGUCCGGCGACACAAACGGGGGCGUGGAGGUGCACAAGAUUCGAAUCCGAGCCGGCGAGACGCAGAAAAGGAUGGUGUUCUGCGUCAAAGACUCUCAGGGCUUUUCCCAGGAAGUCACCUUCGUCAAAUGUAAAGACGCGUGGAGGAUGAACCGGAAAAAACCUAAGAGAGGAACCUUGGAGAUCCGUUCACCAUGAAGAAAACUCCCGUUUUUUAAAACCAUUUCAGCACUUAGCAGAUGAUUUAUGCACAACUCAAGCACUUCCAUGACAGAUUCAACCUUUGCCACCUUGUAUAUGUCGACAGAAUAUCUAUUUUAUUUAAAAAGUAAUAAUAAUUUUGUGAAUAUUGUACAAUAUUUAAGGUGUUUUUAAUGUGUUGAUGCAACUUUAUUGCUAUACUAACAACAAAUAUCUUAUUUAAGUCCAGAUAUGGAUAAAAUGUGUGUUUUGGUUUUGAUUAAACCUGUUGUAGUGAAAAGUUGACCCCAGUAAACGGCUCGCUGAGUUCUAGAGCUCCAGUGUUUAUAUUCUUUGAUUUACUGUAAUUUUUCAACCAUUAUCGCAUCAAUUCCAGUGGAUUCUGAAGAAGAAAGCAUCUCGUUGAGCCGCUUUUCUCCUUCAGAAUCUUCUGGAAUUAUCAUGUUAACAGCAGAAAAGUUACAGUAAGUUAAAGAUUUAGCAUUUAAGCGUUACCGUCAGGAUUUAAAGAGUUAAACUAUGGAGAUUUUUUAUUUCCAGGAGGUACAAAAACAACUGGAGGUUUUCUUAGGAGUAACUGCUCCUCUUGAAAUCCACAAGUUUAAUCACUGAGGUACCAUUUAUUCACCUGCAUGCGUGACCUUACCUGUACAGGCCCCGCCAGCAAGGACAAACGGGCCCCACAGGGUUUAAAAGUGAUACCACAUUGACUUAAGUGGACACUCAGUGGGUUAGCUCACUAGACAUUCAGCCGCACGAUGGACAGCGUAGGGUGCUAACGAGCUCCGCGGUAGCGAGCUAGCAAGCUCCACUGUAGCAAGCUAGCAAACUCCGCUGUAUUAAGCUAGAAAGCUCCUCUAGCUUGCCAGUGAGUUAAGCUGUAUCGAGUUAGCGUGCUCUGCUGUAGCUUGCUAGCGAGCUCUAUAGUGAGCUAGCAAGUUCAUUUGCAGCAAGCUAGCAAGCUCCACUGCAGCAAGCUCCACUGUAGCUUGCAAUUAAGCUCCUUUUGCGUGAGCUAGCAAGCUCCGCUGUAUUGAGCUAGCGAGCUCCUCUAUAAUGAGCUAGCAAGCUCCGCUGUAUCGAGCUAGCAAGUUUCACUGUAGCUUGGUAGCAAGCUCUUUGUAGCAAGUUCCACUGUAGCUUGCUAGCAAGCUCCACUGUAGCAAGCUAGCAACCUCUGAUGUAUUGAGCUAGCAAGCUCCACUGUAGCAUGCAAUUAAGCUCCUUUGGCGUGAGCUAGCGAGCUCCUCUAUAACGAGCUAGCAAGCUCCUUUGUAGCAAGUUCCACUGUAGCUUGCUAGCAAGCUACACUGUAGCAAGCUAGCAACCUCUGAUGUAUUGAGCUAGCAAGCUCCACUGUAGCUUGCAAUUAAGCUCCUUUGGCGUGAGCUAGCAAGCUCCUUUGUAUCGAGCUAUGGAGCUCCGCUGUCUACUGGGUGGCUGGCAAGCAUAGCGAGCUAACCCACAGGUGGGAUCACCACGGAAACUGUGGACAAACCCAUUUGGUGACUACAUUUCCUGCCACUUUUAAACCACAUGGGGGCCUUGCUGGCUGGGGGUGAAUGCCAAGCUCAACUCUUCAGACAUCACUUUUGUUAUUGUGACUCCUCAAAAAGGGAAUGUUUUUAGUUUUUGUGCACUGAAAGAGGAGAAAGAAACUGAUAAUCGUGGUGCCUGUUCUGUUCAUUUAUGUAAAUAAAACAACAGAUGAUAAGGUUUGGAACAAGGGGGCGUGGCUAAACAUUUUACCUCCACAUGAACAGAUUCUGUAAAGUGUAUUUGUAUGUACAUAUUUGUAAAUACUGUUGUUUCUGUAAUAAACCUCUGACGUUUAAUUGAA